GUCAAAUCGACCCAUAAACAACAAAAAUGAGGCUCAAGCACUCCAUCGUGAAAUUUCAUUGAUGUGCCGUUGCUGGUGCUACCCCUGCGACUUGUGCUACGCCUCACAAUCCCUGUCCCGAGACGUCAGGAGUCUCGACACCCCCAAUCCAAACCUCGCCGGGCAUCAACCACGCGCCACCAACUCCAAAAAAUCGUAAGUGCCUGUUUCAAUUGCGGGCUCGUGUAAGUAUGACCUGGCCUCCCAUCAACGACCCAAGUGGGGUGCGUAGUAGCGCCUCGCCGAGUUUGUCUGGCUUGUCGCCGGCCGUCGUCUUUCCCAUUCUGUUUCUUCUCCUUCCAUCUGUCUAUCCUUUGAGAGGUGUUUUCGGAGAUCGCAGCGCGAGGCUCAUUUUCGAUUCUUGCUCUUAUUAUUUUUGUUUAAUUUUGUGGGAUAGAGAAUUCGGGUGCUGGCAUAUUUUUCUAUUCCUCGACGCCGGUCGUCAGUACGAAAAAGAGGUGUUUGCCAGCGACGAUUCGAAACCUUCGGCGAAGGAUAUACCACCAGUUAACAGUUCCGACGACGACAUAAGCCAUGGCGAACAGAGUCCUCUUGGCCUUUUUGGCGUUUGACAUGCUCUUUCUCCUCUCAGCAGCACUUCUCAUCGCCUUCCCCAUGAUCAUGAAAGACCGCAUUAGCCAACCGCCAACACAGGAAACAGUUGCUGAGAACCUCUUGCUGGAACGAUGUCCCUUGACUGCUGCCAUGGUCAACGCCAUCAUCAUGUUCGUGACAUUCCUGGCGACCAUCCCCGCGCUCCUGAUGCCGACUUCGCGCAUGUGGCUCAAGAUCCACGGAUACCUCGUUUUUAUCUGCGCUAUGGUCUCGAUGGCCAUUGGACUCGUGCUCUGGUUCGAUACAUUGAAGACUCGCACGAACCUCUCGACUGUGUGGGCUGCCCAAGCGCAAGAGGUACAGAGUCUGUUGCAACAGAAGUUUAAAUGCUGUGGCUACUUGAGUAGCAGCUCGCCGCCGUUUUUCCAGGAUAGCGUCUGCACGAACCCGCUGGUUGCGGUGCAGCUUUCGGGAUGCGUUGGGCCGUUCAGCUCGCUGGCGAAUAACUUCUUGGAUUUGAUUUUCACGGCCGCCUUUGGGAUUGUUGGAAUCGAUGUAGCCUUGAUCCUGUGUAUCGCCAUGCUCCUGAAGGACAGGAAAGAGAAGGAAAGGUAUCGCCACAUCGAUGAGAAGUCAGGGACAGCAGGAUUCUAAGCACAAAUUUCGAGGCUGGAACGACAAGUAUUUUCUACAUAACGAAGCACGGAUUCCAUAUGCAACUUGCACUUCUUCGUCGGCAUUUUAGAGACUGGGGAAGGGAUAUAAAUACAAGGCUCCAGGGUGGCCAUCUGAAUCGGAGGAUUCCCGUAAAUUUUAAAGUUUAAAAUAAAGAAGAAAUGAGAGAUCUUGAUUAGGC